AUGGCUAAUGAGUUGGAAGACGUGUCUUUGCCCAAGGCCACGGUUCAAAAAAUAAUAUCCGAGGUGCUGGAACCGGAUUUAACGUUCAGCAAAGAGGCGCGCGAGAUCAUCAUCAAGUCGGGCAUCGAGUUCAUAAUGAUCCUGUCGUCGAUGGCGUCCGAGAUGGCUGAGAACGACGCUAAGAAGACGAUAGCGCCGGAACACGUGAUCAAAGCACUAGAAGAACUGGAGUAUAACGAGUUCGUACCGUUUCUGGAGCAGCAAUUGGCAGAGUAUAAGGGCUCUCAGCGGAUCAAGGAGAAGCGGGAUGCCAAGUUCAAGAAGUCGGGUCUUUCCGAGGAGGAAUUGCUACGACAGCAGGAGGAGCUUUUUAGACAGUCGCGGUCCAGAUUGCAAUCGAGCGUGAGUGGAGCGAGCAGCGACGGGGGGAGUACUGGGGUAAAGGCCGAGGAUGAUCAUUAA